AUGGAAAUAACAAAAGAUGAAACGACAGUGAUAAAUUCUGAUCAUUCUUAUCUCUACUAUGAUCCGAAUUCAAUUUCGAAUUUUAAUCGAUUUCGUGUGAAUCAUACACAUUUUGACUUGAAUGUCGAUUUUGAUCGUCAUCUACUUCAUGGUCAUGUUCAAUUCGAUAUUGUCCGUCUGGAUCAAAAACAAUGUGAGUAUUCAUCAACGAUAAAAAAUUCUGAAAACAAUGAAAUACCUCAUAAUCUUGAUGGAAAACUUGUUUUUGAUGCUCAUCAAUUAAAUGUAGAAAAAGUCAUGUAUGAAACAACAUUACUUCCAUUUGAAAUCAAUCCUGAACAUAAUUCAUUAACUAUUGAUAUAGAACAAAUUCCAAAAGAAGCUAUUUCUAUUUCAAUUCUUAUUUAUUAUUCAACAUCGCCUGAUCAAUCAAAAGCGUUACAAUGGAUGACCAAAGAACAAACUGCUGAUCGACAGUACCCAUUCAUGUAUAGUCAAUGUCAAGCAAUUCAUGCACGAUCAAUGUAUCCUUGUCAAGAUACACCUGGUGUGAAAAGUACAUAUACAGCUAAAAUUAUAUGUCCUAAACCAUUAAUACCGUUAAUGAGUGCAAUUCAAACCAAACAUGAUGUAGAUACAAAUACAUUUUAUUUUGAACAAACAGUGGCUGUUCCAUCUUAUUUGAUGGCAGUUGCUGUUGGUCAUUUGGUUUCGUAUGAUAUAAGUGAUCGUGUACGAGUAUGGAGUGAACCAAGUCGUCGUGAACGAUGUAAAUAUGAAUUUGAAGAAACUGAACGUGCUUUAUCGGCUGCUGAACAACUUCUUGGUAAAUAUCAAUGGAAACGAUACGAUAUUCUUGUUCUGCCGCCAUCAUUUCCUUAUACUGGUAUGGAGAAUCCAUGCAUGAAUUUUAUUUCACCAGCAACAUUAGUCGGUGAUCGAUCAUUGACAUGGGUGAUUGUACAUGAAUUAACUCAUUCAUGGACCGGUAAUCUGGUGACAAAUGAAAAUUGGGAACAUUUUUGGUUAAAUGAAGGUUUUACAACAUUUAUUGAAGCAAAAUUACUCGAAAUUUUAGCUAAAGAUAAUGGUGAAGCUCGACGUUUUCAUUCUGCUCAAGGAUGGGAAGAAUUAGAAUCAACUAUUAUCGAAUUUGGCUCAACUAAUCCAUAUACAUGUCUAGUUUAUCGUCUGAAAAAUGUUGAUCCUGAUGAUGCUUAUAAUUCGACACAAUAUCAUAAGGGUGCGGCACUUCUCUGGUUUCUAGAACAUGAUAUUGUUUGUUCAGAAGUUGAAUUUGAUCAAUUUCUUCGUUCAUAUGUUCAAAAAUUUAGUCAUCGAGUUCUCAAUACAGAUGAUUUUAUUCAAUAUUUUGAAUCUUAUUUUCCACAGGCAAAAAAAGUCGACUGGAAUUUAUGGUUAAACACACCUGGAAUGCCUCCAAUUACUAUUGAUUUUUCAACUGAACUUGAACGACAAUGCCGUCAAUUAGCUAAUCAACCUUCAUUAAUUUCUGAUGCUCAAAUGAAAUUACUCAAUGCUAAUCAAAUUGUUUAUCUGUUUAAUCUUCUUCUCAAUCAAAAACCAUCAACAAUCACGUAUGAUAUAAUUAAACAAAUUGAUAAAAAUUGUCAAAUGAAUCAAUAUUCUAAUGGUGAUAUAUGUUAUCAAUGGUAUCAAUUAUGUAUUCGAAUGAAAUAUAUAGAAGUAUUAGAAGAUAUUUUCAAAUUUCUUGGAGAAAAUGGUGAAAUGAAAUUUUUGAAACCAUUGUAUACGGAAUUUAAAUUAUCAUGGCCGGAAAUGAUGCCAAAAGUGCAUGAAUUCUUUGAAGAACACAAAAAAUAUAUUCAUCCACUUCUAGUACAACAAAUCGAACAACGCAUCGGAAAAUAA